CAGAUGACCCUGACGCGCACGAGAAGUUGUCACAUUUUGUUCUAAUGCUAAAGUUCGUUAAACUUCAAACGACUUCUCAUGUCGCCGCCGCCGCAAUUAUAUCCCCGGGACACGCAGCUCUCUGAUUGGCUGUUGGACGCAGGCGAUCAGAAUGAGCUCCGAGGUUUGUCCGUCCUGUGGGAAAACCUUCAAAAGGUUGAAGACUCACCUCCCACAUUGUAAAGCAGCAAACUCACAAACCAACCCGAGUCAGACGCCAUCGUCUCCUCCGCUGGGCGCCGGCGACAGGGAACCGACGGCGAAGGGGAAGAAGUCCAGAGAGUCACUGUCAACGGCAGCAAGUCCACGGGCGAAGAAAAGCACAACAUCCGCAGCAGCACAGAAGCCUGACAGCACAGACCCGAGUUCCUCUUCACCUCCUCCAUCCACUAGGAAGAAGAGGGAGAAGCUAUCAGAACAAAUCAAGUUGGCCAGCACGCCGUCCUCCACCACUUCCUCCCUUAUCUCCUCUCCGCCCCUGUCUCCACCUUCCACCGCCUCGAAGCCCAAGAAGAAGAGUCUCCGGGCUCUGAUAGAAGCUGCGAACACGGACCGAGCCACUAAAGGAACCCUGGGAGGAACCGGAUCUGCCUCAGAGCACAUGCUCUCAGGUUCCACUCCUGUUUUAACAGAUCCUCUCAGCUCCAGAACCUUUAACCCUCCAGAAACCAACAUUAAGACAGACGCCAUACCUUUGGCCACAGACACCAAACCCAAAGAAGCACCUAAGAAGAAGGCGUCAAAGACAAAGAGGGCUGAACAGGCCCCUCCCACAAACAAAGAUCCAGACUUGGACUCUUUAGAUUCUGGAUUCGAUAACAGACCUCACGUAAGAGACGACCUCUGGGUGGAUAAUACAUCGGGAAGUGGGGACCAGGCCAGGAUCACCCUCCAGGACGCUAAAGCCCUUUUAGGCCGAACUAAAACCAGCACAACCAGCAGGAAGAGAAUCCAGACCGAGACUGAAACUACUGACGACCUGAGCAGCAGCAACAGACUUGACCCUCGUCUCAAAGCAGCGACGGUUCCAGCGGAGACUGGAAAAGAUGUUGUUCGCAGCUCGGUAACAACUCAAUCUGUGUCGGAGCAGCUGCUCGGCGCCAGUUCACAACAAACUGAGUUAUUACUAGUGAAGGAAAGAAGCUCAAAGUCUAAAGAAGCCUUUUUAAUCCCUGUGGAACACGAUGGUUCCUCUCAACCCAAGCUCUUCUUCCCAGAAUCUCCCCUGAGCCAAACUUCCCCUCCUCCAGGUUCAGUCGGUGCGAUCCCGGGGCAGAAGGUCGGACUCGUCUCGCUGCCGCUGUCAACCAUCCAGUUCUCCAGUCCUCGUCUUUUACCGCUCGCCACUCGAACGCUGCCGGCGAGGGUGGAGACGGUGAGAGCUGCUGAUUGGAGGAUCCUGGAGGACAGGAAACAAAACGCUGCUCACACUGGAAAGGAAGAGGCUGGGACACGGCCGGGUCUCGGAGAGGUGAAGCUGAGGGACUUCCCUCAGUGGCUCGGCUGCAGAGUCCCCAGUCGUCCAAGAGACGCAGUGGAGAUAGUGCAGAAAGGCUGGCAGUGGUAUUACAGGAAAUACAUCGACGUGAAGAAAGGUGGUGUGGGCGGAGUGGGCAUGCUGUUAGCAGGAUACUGUGUGCUAAGCUACAUCUGGAGCUACCCUCAUAUAAAGCAUGAUCGCUGGAGGAAGUAUCACUGAUGUCGAGAUGUCUGGACGAGUCCUUCAAGCACUGGAGUCGGUUGACCAAUCAGAACAGAGAGAACCAGCUGGCCAAUCAACGCAGACUGGGCUUCAUCAGAAUGAGGGCCUUUAAAGAGACCGGAGCUAAAACCAAGUGUUUCAGACAGAGGCUGAAAAGAGGAACUGCAGCAAUGGACUUCUAGAAAUAGGGCAGUGAUGUGCUUUCUGAACAUUAGAGCUUGUAAACCCUUUCAUGUAAGAGCUCAGAAGUUAACACCCUGAAUAUGAGUAUAGUUAGUCUCCUUUAAACUAAAAAAGACAAAACAUUUAGAAGGUUGUUGGAGGACAAAUUGUGAUUGUUUUUUUACGUUCUGAUUGCAUUUUAUUUAACUGACAAAUAUGGAAGAAGAAUCAAUCCUCUUAUGAACUUCUCUGCAUCACAGAUGUCUUCUAAAAAGUUCAAAACCAGUUCUUUACCAACUGGUCGAGUAAUAAUUCAGAGAUUCGUAGUUUAAUGCUCACUGGACCACUCACACCACUGCAGUUCGAUCUAUUCUAUUUAUUUUUAUUUUCUAUUUAUGUUAUAUCAGAUUGAGAGAAAUAUUUAGAAAAAAUAUUAUUGGGAUAGACUUUUUUGAGCUUAACAAAUGUUUUCAUUUGACAAUCCAAAGUAGUUUCAGCUCUGUCAUGUGUUCAGAGUCCCGCCGUGUCCCAGGGACUCCACUAGGGGUCGUUGUUGAGUUGUGUUAAUAAGAAUGUGUGGGUUUAGCAGUCCAAUGUUUUCUUUGCUCCUGCAGAGAAUUUGGCUCGGAGGUCCACGAGAGGAUUUAAGGGAACAAACAGUUUUUAACUUGAUCAAAAUCUUCAUGAGGAAGCUCAGAUGUGGAGAAACAUGAACCUUGACACGCCCUCACAUCAGCGUCCAUGAGGAGAUGCUAUCUGUGAAGCCGAGGGUCUCAAAUCUGUGUUUUCUUUGGAAACGUUUCCCCUGUCACAUGAUGCUUCUCUGCAUGAGGAGUCUGUGAGUGGCUGUGUGAACACUCGCUGCAUAGUAAUGGAGGGACACUGAAGCAGGCUCUCAGCCGGACUGGACCAGUUUCUCAUUGUAUUCAAAAUGAAUUUAUUGUUGACUCCCCUUCGCUGCUGUAGUGAACACACACGAGCUACAAAUGAAGAAAUGACAGUGUUUUUGUAGUUUUCUUCCUUAUUUUUUCUGAAGCUGCUUCUUGGCAAACACAAUAAAAAAUAAUUUCCAUUUU